AGGGAGGGAUGAGCACUGAUGCUGCUGCCUCUGUUUGCUCCAGUCUGCACAUCAGCAGCGGAUCUUCUCUCAGACUCAGGCCAGGCAGAGGCAGAGCGUCCGCCCGGGGAGAGAGAUCACACCGCAUAGCGUAACUCCCGGAUGAAGCUCAGUUACAUUCACGGUCCUUUUUAAAUUGAUGUCUCUUCUUAUACCGCCUUUUUACACGGGACGGUGCUCUUGUACCCGCGUAUCAUCCCCGGCUUGGUUUUUGAGGUUUGUCUCGACGACACGGAAAGGACCACACUCCCCCCAUCGUUAGCUCGCUAAGCUAGCUAGCCCGCUAACCUAGCUGUGAUACUUUGUACCAUAUCGGCGUCAGUUUUCUGCCUCGUAGCUAGCCUGCGGUGUCGUGCGCCACAGCGGUGGAUUGAGGUGCCCUGUCACUGUAGGAACAUGAUCUAGUGACGAGCUAAGGAGGAAGUGGGAUCUCUGACGCUCCGCCCCUUCUGCUGGUGGAGCACCCUGCACAUCUGACUAGAGACCUCUUUAGUCACUUGGACAGGAUGCGGAGGUUUGCCUACUGUAAGGUGGUUUUGGCCACCUCUCUGGUGUGGGUGAUGCUGGACAUGUUCAUUUUGCUCUACUUCAGUGAGUGCAACAAGUGUGACGACAAAAAAGAGAGAGGACUGCCCGGGAGACAAGAUGCCCUGAUCAGGACGCGGGACGGGCCCGGCGAAGGGGGAAAGCCUGUGGUGAUCCCUAAGGAGAACCAGGACAAGAUGAAGGAGAUGUUUAAGAUCAACCAGUUCAACCUCAUGGCGUCUGAGAUGAUUGCUCUCAAUCGGUCACUGCCUGAUGUCCGCCUGGAAGGGUGCAAAAACAAGUUAUAUCCCGAUAAUCUUCCUCGUACCAGUGUGGUGAUUGUAUUUCACAACGAGGCGUGGAGCACACUGCUGCGAACCGUCCACUCCGUCAUCGACCGCUCUCCACACACACUGCUGGAGGAGAUUGUCCUGGUGGACGAUGCCAGCGAGAGAGAUUUCCUAAAGCGGCCGUUGGAGCAGUAUGUCAAAAGGCUUGAAAUCCCUGUCAGAGUGGUGAGAAUGGAGCAGCGGUCUGGACUUAUUCGUGCUCGCCUCAAGGGAGCGUCCAUCUCCACUGGCCAGGUCAUCACCUUUCUGGAUGCUCAUUGUGAAUGCACAACAGGGUGGCUAGAGCCUCUGCUUGCCCGCAUCAAGCAAGACAAGAGAACGGUAGUGUGCCCCAUCAUCGACGUGAUCAGCGAUGAUACUUUUGAGUACAUGGCAGGAUCCGACAUGACUUACGGGGGCUUCAACUGGAAGCUCAAUUUCCGCUGGUACCCUGUACCCCAGAGAGAGAUGGACCGCCGCAAAGGAGACCGCACGCUACCUGUCAGGACUCCCACCAUGGCAGGCGGCUUGUUCUCCAUAGACAGAGAUUAUUUUCAGGAGAUCGGCACAUAUGACGCAGGCAUGGACAUCUGGGGUGGAGAAAACCUGGAAAUCUCUUUUAGAAUAUGGCAGUGCGGUGGGACUCUAGAGAUUGUCACAUGCUCUCAUGUGGGCCACGUGUUCAGAAAGGCAACACCCUACACUUUUCCUGGAGGAACGGGACAGAUCAUCAACAAAAACAACCGACGACUGGCAGAAGUCUGGAUGGAUGAAUUUAAAAACUUCUUCUACAUCAUAUCUCCUGGUGUGACCAAAGUGGACUACGGUGACAUCACAUCUCGCACGGCUCUAAGACAAAAGCUUCAUUGUAAACCCUUCAGUUGGUACUUGGAGAACGUCUACCCUGACUCUCAGAUCCCCCGACACUAUUACUCCCUGGGAGAGAUCCGUAAUGUGGAAACCAACCAGUGCCUGGACAACAUGGCCCGCAAGGAGAAUGAGAAAGUUGGCAUUUUCAACUGCCACGGCAUGGGAGGCAACCAGGUUUUUUCUUACACGGCCAAUAAGGAGAUCAGGACAGACGACUUGUGUCUAGACGUGUCCAAGCUAAACGGACCCGUCAUGAUGCUCAAGUGCCAUCACCUCAAAGGCAAUCAGCUCUGGGAGUACGACCCUGUGAAGCUGACCCUGAUCCACGUCAACAGUAACCAGUGUCUGGACAAGGCCAGCGAGGAGGACAGCCAGGUGCCCAGCGUCAAAGACUGCUCACACACACGUUCCCAACAGUGGCUACUCCGCAACGUCACAUUACCAGAGGUCUUCUGACCACACUCUGCACACUCCCAAACACACAUACUCACACACACAGUGACCCAGAGUAAGCAAUCUGGGUAACAGACGUGUUUAUUAAAUUUGGGCACAAGGAAAGGAGAGACUUCCCAAGAGGGGAUUCGGGAAGAGAGGAGGAUGGAUUGGACGGUACUACCUCUGCCAGAGAUAAGAGGGAGGAGUGUGUUUGACCUUCCUCACAGUGACAGAAGAGGAAAGACUCCCUCUAAGACACGAUGGCUGUGGUUUUACGUUGUUUUAAAGAGAUUUUAACUGCAGAGAGUGACUCACUCACUGGGCGCAAAUUUUGAGACUGGCCAGUGGAGUCAAGGUUUGCACUCGACAAAACGGUCCACCCCUCAACUCAUCAGUUAACGUUUACUCACUGCCUUUUAUGAGAGUGUGUGCACUUACGUGUGUGUGUGUGUGUGUGUGUGUGUGUGUGUGUGUGUGUGUGUGUGUGUGUGUGUGUUGUUGUGUGUGUGUUGGGGGGUUUUGUGUGUGUGUGUGUGUGUGUGUGUGUGUGUGUGUGUGUGGUCUGAGAUGAAUGUAUGCUUUGGAAGGGGGCUGAAUUCUUUGUUUUCUUUUUUUUUAUUUAAUUU